GCGGGCACCGGAGACCCCGGUGGCGGCAGCGGCGGCCGGGGAAAACCGCGGGGCCGGUCAUGCGGCUGCGGGGCCCGCGGCCCGGAGCGUCCGCCCAGCCCUGAGAGAGUUCCCACAGGGCGCCCCCCGCCGCUCAGAAUGAGUCACUGCAGCAGCCGCGCCCUGACCCUGCUGAGCAGCGUGUUUGGUGCCUGCGGCCUGCUCCUGGUGGGCAUCGCGGUCAGCACGGACUACUGGCUGUACAUGGAGGAGGGGACCGUUUUGCCACAGAACCAGACCACCGAGGUCAAGAUGGCUCUGCACGCUGGCCUCUGGAGAGUCUGUUUCUUUGCAGGUCGGGAGAAGGGGCGCUGUGUGGCUUCUGAGUACUUUCUUGAACCAGAGAUCAACUUGGUGACAGAAAACACGGAGAAUAUUCUGAAGACAGUGCGCACGGCUACGCCCUUCCCUAUGGUCAGUCUCUUCCUCGUGUUCACUGCCUUCGUCAUCAGCAACAUCGGCCACAUCCGACCUCAGAGGACCAUUCUUGCCUUCGUUUCCGGCAUCUUUUUCAUUUUAUCAGGCCUGUCUUUGGUGGUGGGCUUGGUCCUGUACAUCUCCAGCAUCAACGACGAGGUCAUGAACAGGCCCAGCAGCUCCGAGCAGUACUUCCACUACCGCUACGGGUGGUCCUUUGCCUUCGCGGCUUCCUCCUUCCUUCUCAAAGAGGGGGCCGGAGUCAUGUCCGUGUACUUAUUCACCAAGCGCUACGCGGAGGAGGAGAUGUAUCGCCCUCACCCGGCCUUCUACCGACCGCGUCUCAGCGACUGCUCCGACUACUCCGGCCAGUUUCUGCAGCCCGAAGCGUGGCGUCGAGGCCGCAGCCCUUCCGACAUCUCUAGCGACGUCUCUAUCCAGAUGACGCAAAAUUACCCUCCGGCCAUCAAGUACCCUGACCACCUCCACAUCUCCACUUCGCCGUGCUGAGGCCGGAAUCCCUCCUCCUUCUUUUCCUCUUCCUCCUUCCCCUCACCCACGAAGCCCCAAUUCCUUAAGGGAAUCUUGGCAGAGGGAUGCCGUGCCAUCUCCGGGCCAUCAUCCUCAUUUCAGCGGCUCUACCCUUUCCCAAUCUCUCCACAUUGGUUCAUCCUACUUCCAAAUGAUUCCUUCCGCACCUCGCCCGCCCGCCCGCUUUCCCUUAGGUCCCGCCCCACGGGUUAAUAACUCCAAAUGAGUUCACUAUCUUCUGGUGGUUGGUAUCUUGCACCUAGUUCCCCCAACUCCGCUUCCGGGUAGGGGCGCUGGGCUGGAGAGUGGGUGUGGCAGCCACUGGAAUGCCCUGGAACUCCCCCUCAUUCUCUCCUAGCUCACCACCCGGUGCCCUGCAAGUCGCUGAUGGCAGCGGGCGGGGAUAAACUUGCUCUGCCUACGGGAAUAGGACUCUGACUGACCUUGACCUUACCCUUUCUGUUGCCUCCGGGAGACUCCAUUUCCUCUCUUUUCCCCCACUGGAAGGUGGCCUUUCUUAUACUGUAUUCUUUCCUUCUUCCCCCCCCUCCUCCUCUUCUCCCACUUCUCUUUUUCCUCCCUCCACCUGCUCAUCCGAAGCCCCCUAGGUGCAUCCAGCCUCUCACACCAAACAAGGAUGGGACCCCAGGGUGGAGGGAGGUUCCCUUACGCUAGCUCUACACCUGUGCCCGCCUCUUCCCCCUCGAAGUUCCUUCGGGGGCGGGAGGGGCAGUAGCGGGGGUUAACACCCCCCCAAAAAACUUCUGUCUUCCAUUUUCUGGUAUUCCCUUUCAUCCAUGUCCCUCUCCCCAUCUCAAAUCCCCAACUCUGGCCUCUUUCAAGGGCCUGUCCUCCCCCUUGGACAGAUUUGAGGGGUGGGGGAGGUCGCCAGAAACCGCUCAUCCCACUCCCUUUAUUAGGGAAGGAGGGGCGAGGCAGCACAGUGUUAACACAGGGAACCAGAA